GUACUACGUCUUACAUUUCCCUCCGUGACCUUGCUUUUCUUUUCCUUUCAUUUCUUCCCACUCAAACCGGGCAUACUAUACUGAAUACGAUUCGUGGAGCACCGAAGAUCGGUCCUACACUCCUACUCCGCUACGCUAUGUGACUUUUUGGUGUUAAGCAAUAUGCGACUUUAUUUUACUUUCUACCGACUUUACUUUCCACUCCCUCUCAGCUUCGCUCUAGCGUCGCAUGUCCUCGUCAACUCCGAGUCAUGAACUCCCAAUUCCCUCUCUAUUUAUCUUUGCUUUACUACUGCAUUGUUGUAGCUGCGUCUUUCUGAUCUACGAGGUCUAAUUCCUGAAAUCUAUAAUGGGUAAGGAGAAGGUUCACAUCAACAUUGUUGUUAUUGGGCACGUUGACUCAGGCAAGUCAACCACCACGGGCCAUCUGAUCUAUAAACUCGGUGGAAUUGACAAGUGUGUUAUUGAAAGGUUUGAGAAGGAAGCUGCUGAAAUGAACAAGAGUUCAUUCAAGUAUGCGUGGGUGCUUGACAAGCUCAAAGCUGAGCGUGAACAUGGCAUCACAAUUGAUAUUUCCUUGUGGAAAUUUGAGACCACCAACUACUACUGCACAAUCAUUGAUGCUCCUGGGCAUCGUGACUUUAUUAAGAACAUGAUUACUGGGACAUCCCAGGCUGACUGUGCUGUCCUCAUUAUCGAUUCCACUUCUGAUGGUUUUGAAGCUGGUAUUUCUAAGGAUGGCCAGACUCGUGAGCAUGCUCUUCUUGCUUUCACUCUUGGUGUCAAGCAGAUGAUUUGCUGCUGUAACAAGAUGGAUGCCACCACUCCCAAGUACUCAAAGGCAAGAUAUGAUGAAAUUGUGAAGGAACUCUCAUCGUACCUGAAGAAGGUUGGCUACGACCCUUACAAAAUUCCUUUUGUUCCGAUAUCUGGUUUUGAAGGUGACAACAUGAUUGAAAGGUCAACCAACCUAGACUGGUACAGGGGCCCAACUCUUCUUGAGGCCCUUGACUUGAUCCAAGAGCCCAAGAGGCCAUCAGACAAGCCUCUGCGUCUUCCACUUCAGGAUGUCUACAAGAUUGGUGGUAUUGGUACUGUCCUGGUGGGAAGGGUUGAGACUGGUGUCCUGAAGCCUGGUAUGGUUGUCACUUUUGUACCAAGUGGGCUGACCUCUGAAGUGAAGUCUGUGGAAAUGCACGACAAAGUCCUCCAGGAAGCUCUGCCCGGUGACAAUGUUGGGUUCACUGUUAAGAAUGUUGCAGUGGAGGAUCUCAAGCGUGGCUAUGUUGCAUCCAACUCAAAGGAUGAUCCAGCCAAGGAAGCUGCAAUAUUCACAGCCCAGGUCAUUAUCAUGGACCACCCUGGCCAGAUUGAGAAUGGGCAUACUUCAGUUCUUGACUGCCACACCGCUCACAUUGCUGUUAAGUUUGUUCAUCUCAUGACGAAGAUUGACUGCCUAUCUGGCAAGGAGCUUGAGAAGAAGCCCAAUUUUUUAAAGAGCGGAGAUGCUGGUAUGGUAAAAAUCCUUCCCUUCAGGCCCAUGGUGGUGGAAACUUUCUCAGAGUACCCACCACUUGGACGAUUUACUGCCAGGAAUAUGCGUCAGACUGUUGCUGUUGGUGUUAUCAAAAGUGUCAAGAAGAAGAAGGAACCAUCUGAUUUAGGAAAAAAAAAGAAGGAACCAUCUGGUGCAAAGAAGAACCCAAGGUGCAACUCGAGUGACGGACAAUCCAACAACAAAUGGAAAUCUGAAAAUCUAAGUGAUUCCAUGAGGAUGUUCAUCACAACAUGGAAAGAGGCAUGUCAAGAGCACAAUGUUGAUGAGGUUCUUGAGAGGAUGCUUCAAUUCUAUAAAACAAGUGAUCGAAGAGUGAAGAAAAUGAGAUCAAUGUUCACUUUAUACCCAUGUGUUGGAUUGCUAAAUCUCGCUGUUACGUCUAUAAAAUGUGGAAUGUGGGAUAGUAUGUAUGAUACCUUGCAAGCUUUUGAUCAAUGUGGAGUAGCAAAUACACUUUCAGAUAAACGUUCCGAGUAUGACAACAUUGAGGUUGAACCAGUUGAAAAGGAUGCACUGGUCAUCGCUGAGAAUGUUUUAAAGCAUAAGUGCAAUGUCACUCUUGAAGAUAUUGUCAAAAAAGUUUCUAUAUAUUUUGAGCUUGAUCAUAACAUUGUGAACAAUGUCGGAUCGUAUUUGGAGAAACAAUUUUCCUUCUUGCGGAAGCUUCGCAAAUGUGAGCUUUGGCUGACUGAGCAAUUUUCUGUCAAGGAAUUUGACUCCCUUGGUUAUGGAGAGUUUCUUACGUUCUUAGAGAAUCAUGCGUCUCUACUACCUAAUGCAUUGCAGAAGUGUUUGACUGGUGGCAGAUGUGAAAAGUCCCCGUUGGAGGUUUGUAUGCUCCAUCAUCAGUUAUCUGUACUACUGUCCCAAGCUUCAAAUAGCUUAUGGGAAAAUGAAAACAUAACCAGGCAGGAGAUUUCUAUGCUGCUUACGAGGCAAUUCCCAUUAAUCAGUUUCAAAUUAGUAGAAAAUGGUUCCAUAAAAGAUUUUCUGGAUGGUGUAAGAGAGAACAAAUGCAGUGCAAUUUCUAAUCGUGUCUUAUUCUCUGCAACUUUGUUAGAAAUGUGUUGUAUUAGAGACUCAUUGCCUCAUGAGGAGGAAGAUUUGUUAAAAGUUACUGGGGCGAUAAAUGGAGUAGGCCUUAAGGCAGGAAACCUUGGUUCUGUUACAAGCAAGGAUGCAAUUGAAGUCUUGCUUAGGGCACCAAUGCUGUCAGAUUUACAUUCUUGGUCGCACUGGGACCUUAUAUUUGCUCCUUCGCUGGGUCCUCUUCUGGAAUGGUUGCUGAGUGAGGUCAAUACAAAAAAGCUACUGUGUUUAGUGACAAAGGAUGGCAAAGUAUUGCGGAUUGAUCAUUCAGCAACUGUAGAUUCAUUUUUAGAAGCUUUUCUUCAGGGAUCAUCUUUCCAAACUGCAGUAGAACUAUUAUCUUUGUUUUCAUUGUAUGGGGGUAGAAAACACGUUCCGUUGUCCCUUCUAAAAUGCCAUGCACGGAAAGCUCUUGAAGUCCUUAUGAAAAAUUCUAUGGAAAUGGAAGUAACUGACUGUCAGAAUUUUCUCAUGCGCAGAAACCAAUUGCAUGGGCAGCGAUUGCUUGAUGAAGAUGCAUCCUAUAAUUUCAGCAGUAAAUCAUACAAAAGCAAAAACAAAGUUAAUAGAGCGGUUCCUGCUGCAUCAAGGUUUAUCCUUGAUUGUCUCAGUUAUCUACCUAAGGAAUUCUGUGGUUUUGCUGCAGAUGUAUUGCUUUCAGGGAUGGAAUCUGUUAUCAGAGAUGCUCCUUCAGCCAUUUUGAGUGAAUGCAAGCAAAUUGAGCAUCGUCUUAUGCUUCAUGAAGUAGGAUUAUCUCUUGGUAUAGUGGAGUGGAUUGAGGAUUACCGCAUAUUUUGUUCAUCUAUGGCUACUGACUUGUCCAGUGGAGCAUCACAAGUAAAACCUGUCAGUUCUGAGCUCAGCACAGGCUCAAUACAUAUCCAAGAUGCAGUAGAUAAGAGGUGUUCCUCUGAAGGUGAAAGAUUAUUCUGUGUUACAACAGAUCCGCAUAAUGAAAAAAGUUCUGGAGUUCGUCGCAUGGUUAAUAAUGUAGCGGCUUCUUGUGAUAACUUUGGGGAUGAUUGCGUACAACACUUAUCUGAACUUGAAAAAGAUGAGGAUGCAGCCCUGGUUAUUGAAUCUAUUAGGCGUCAAGAAUUUGGUUUGGAUCCAAGUCUUUCAGAUUUGGAGAGGAGUAUGUUGAAGAAGCAGCAUGCUCGUUUAGGGAGAGCACUCCAUUGUCUUUCACAAGAGUUGUAUUCUCAGGAUUCACAUUUUCUUCUGGAACUUGUUCAGAAUGCUGAUGACAAUGUCUACCAAGAAAAUGUGGAACCGACUCUGACUUUCAUUCUUCAAGAGGCAGGCAUUAUUGUUCUAAAUAAUGAACAAGGGUUCUCUGCUCAGAACAUUAGAGCACUUUGUGAUGUUGGAAAUUCAACAAAGAAGGGAUCUGGUGCUGGAUAUAUUGGGAAGAAAGGCAUUGGCUUCAAAUCCGUAUUCCGGGUCACAGAUGCUCCAGAAAUUCACUCCAAUGGGUUUCAUGUUAAGUUUGAUAUAAGUGAAGGCCAGAUUGGUUUUAUUUUGCCAACAGUUAUACCUCCUUGUGAUAUUGAUUUGUUUGGGAGGCUGGCAUCUGCCGACAUUGAUCAAAUGGAUAUUAAUUGUUGGAACACUUGCAUUGUGCUUCCUUUCAGAUCAAAGUUGUCAGAAGGUUCUGCUAUGACCAGCAUUGUGUCUAUGUUUUCAGAUCUCCAUCCAUCUUUAUUACUUUUUCUUCACCGCCUUCAUUGUAUUAAGUUUAGGAACAUGCUUGACGAUACACUCAUCGCCAUGAAGAAAGAAAUUAUGGGGGAUGGUAUUACAAAGGUUUCCCUUGGGAACAAGAAAAUGACUUGGUUUGUAGCAUCUCAAAAGGUGCAAGCUGAUGUGAUCCGUCCAGAUGUGCAAACAACAGAAAUCUCAGUAGCAUUUACACUUCAGGAAUCAGGCAAUGGAGGUUACAUCCCACAUCCGGAACAGCAACCUGUUUUUGCUUUUCUCCCUUUAAGAACAUAUGGUUUAAAAUUUAUCCUCCAAGGUGAUUUUGUUCUUCCUUCAUCUAGAGAAGAAGUUGAUGGAAAUAGUCCAUGGAACCAGUGGUUACUAUCACAGUUCCCUGAUUUGUUUGUCAGUGCAGAGAGAUCAUUUUGUGCCCUUUCCUGUUAUAGGGAGAAUCCAGGAAAGGCUGUGGCAGCUUUUAUGAGUUUCAUUCCCCUUGUUGGGGAAGUGCAUGGAUUUUUCUCUAGUCUUCCCCGAUUGAUUAUUUCUAAAUUACGCACAUCAAACUGCUUGCUUUUGGAAGGGGAUAAUCACGAAUGGGUCCCUCCAUGCAAAGUUAUCAGAAAUUGGAAUGAACAAGCUUGCACCCUUUUGCCCGAUAGCUUGCUGCAUGAGCAUCUUGGCCUUGGAUUAUUGGAUAAAGAUAUAAUUCUAUCUGAUCCAUUAGCGAGGGCACUGGGUGUUGAGGAGUAUGGACCGAAAAUCCUACUUCAAAUUCUGUCUUCCUUAUGUCAUACGGAGAAUGGUCUCAGACCAUUUGGCCUUGUUUGGUUAUCCUCUUGGCUCCAUACUCUUUAUACAAUGUUAUAUCGUUCUUCUACGUACGGAUCCCUGAAUUCUGGGAUGGAACUUGAUCUUAUAAAUAACCUCAAAAAAAUUCCAUUCAUUCCUCUUUCUGAUGGUACUUAUGGUUCAGUAAAUGAAGGUACAAUUUGGUUACCUUCAGAUACUUUGGACACUGGGUUAGAUAACAAGCAUGGUCUGAAAGUUUUCCCAAAGUUGUAUGGUAAACUGCGGACUGUAAGCCCUUUUCUUUUUGCUGCUGCUGCAGAUGUUGAUAUCUCAUGUUAUGACGUGUCAAUGGUGGACAAUCUUACAAGGAUGCUUCAUCUUAUUGGUAUUCAACAAUUGUCUUCACAUGAAAUUGUAAAGUUGCACAUCUUGCCAGCAAUUUCUAAUGACAGGAUGGCAAUAGGGGAUAAAACUUUGAUGAUAGAGUACCUCUCCUUUGUAAUGUUCCACCUACAAGCAAGUUGCCCCAACUGUCGUGUUGAACGGGGGUACAUAAUCUCAGAGUUGCAUAAUAAAGCACUUAUUUUGACAAAUCAUGGUUAUAAACGACCUGCUGAAGUAUCAAUUCAUUUCAGUAAAGCAUUUGGGAAUCCUGUUGAAGUAAAUAAGUUGGUUGAUGGCAUGGAUUUGAAAUGGCAUGAGGUUGAUGUGUCCUACUUGAAACAUCCGAUGAUCAAAUUACUUUCAGGUGGGAUGAUGAAGUGGAGGGAAUUCUUCCAGGAAUUAGGCAUCACGGAUUUCAUGCAUGUUGCUUUAACUGAGAAGAGUAUUACUGAUAUAUCUCAUGCUGGUGUGAAUAAAAUGAUGUUGGAUUGGGACCUGAUUUCCCCUGGGUCAAUUGCCAAGGAUUGGGAAUCCCAAGAAUUGAUUCAGUUGUUAUCCCAAUUAUCCUCAAGUGGUGACCGGAUAAGGUCUAAAUACCUCUUGGAGGUGCUUGACACACUAUGGGAUGAUUGUUUUUGUGAUAAAGUUACUGGUUACUGCAAUCUUAAUUCUGCUGGGGAUAGCAGAUCAUUCAAGUCUUCAUUCAUUAGUAGCCUCUAUGAUUAUCGAUGGGUGGCAUCCAGUAUAAAUGAUGAGCUUCACUAUCCUAAAGAUUUAUUCUAUGAAUGUGAUGCAGUGCGCUCAAUUCUAGGUGCUACUGCUCCAUAUGCUGUUCCAAAGGUGAGAAGCGAAAAGUUUUUGGCUGAUAUUGGGUUUAAGACUCAAAUUAACCUUGAUGACAUUUUGGCUGUUCUUCAAGUUUGGAGAAGAUCUGAGACUCCUUUUAAAGCUAGCAUUGCACAGAUGUCCAAAUUUUACACAUUUGUGCGAAAUGAAAUGGUUACUUCAAAGCAAAAGAUUGCAGAGGAAUUACAUUCGGGACCUUUUGUUUUUGUUCCAUACUCAUGUGGUUCCAGGCAUGAGGAUGUUGUACCUGGUGUAUUUUACUCUCCUCAAGAAGUAUAUUGGUAUGAUCCAACUGGUUGUAUCGACCAAAUGACAGAAAUCCAUCCUCAUUCUGGCUUAGGUCUGUCUAAUCGUUCCUUAAACAAAACAUUGCGGAACAUUUAUCCAGGCCUUCAUUACUUUUUUGUUUAUUACUGUGGAGUCAACGAGAUCCCUUCUUCUCGUAGCUACCUUCAGAUUUUGCAGGAGUUAUCAACUAUUGUGCCGCCUUCACAGGCGGCUCACAUGGUUUUUCAAGUUUUUCUAAGGUGGAGUGAUGAACUAAAAUCUGGAUUACUGAGCUCUGAUGAUAUUGUUUACUUGAAAGAGUGUCUUCUAAAAUUGGAAUGUACAGUUCUUCCUGUUAUACAAGAUAAAUGGGUUUCUCUACACGCGUCAUUUGGCCUUGUAUGUUGGUGUGAUGAUGAUGAGUUAAGAAAGGGGUUUAAGCAUUUGGACAAUAUAGAUUUUCUCAACUUCGGUGAACUCAGUGACGGUGAAAAAGAGAUGCUUCAAAGGAAGGUAUCUGGUCUGAUACGAACCUUAGGGAUUCCUUCUCUUUCAGAGGUUACAACUCGUGAACCAAUAUACUAUGGACCAGCUGACUCUAGUUUCACAGCUUCACUGGUGAACUGGGCUCUUCCUCAUGCACAGCGCUACAUCUACAAUGUACAUCCCAAUAAAUAUUUUCAACUCAAGCAGUCAGGAUUUGAGGAACUGAGUCAUCUGCAAGUUGUUGCUGUUGAAAAGUUGUUUUAUAGGAAUGUCAUAAAAAAAUCUGGCAUUGCAUCUAAGAAGCAAUUUAAAUGUACCUGUCUUUUACAGGGCUAUGUUCUGUACACCACUCAGGCAUCAGAUUCUCACUCAGUAUUCAUGGAGCUCUCUCGCUUAUUAUUUGAUGGAACUCCCGAACUACACUUGGCCAAUUUUCUUCACAUGAUCAGAGUUAUGGCAGAAUCCGGCUCCAAUGAGGAGCAGACCAAAAUUUUCAUUUUAAAUAGUCAGAAGAUGCCAAAGCUUCCUGAUGAAGAAUCUGUCUGGUCCCUUUCAUCUGUAGCAUCAUUAACAGAGAAUGACGAGGCAUUCCUGACAAAUGGUGCUUCAACGAUGAUUAAUAAGCAAAACCCUUCAAAAUCUAAGAGAAAACCAGGGCGACCUGUGGGGAAAACUGCACCAGGGACACAAGCAGCAGUUCUGCAACCAAGAAGUAGACCGCAGGUGAGAAUGGAGUAUGUUUCUGAAGAAAUGGUUGCACAGACAGAUCAUAUGGAACAAACUAAUGCCGAAUCUAAGAGAAAACCAGGGCGACCUGUGGGGAAAACUGCACCAGGGACACAAACAGCAGUUCUGCAACCAAGCCCUUCAAAAUCUAAGAGAAAACCAGGGCGACCUGUGGGGAAAACUGCACCAGGGACCCAAGCAGCAGUUCUGCAACCAAGCAGUAGCCGGCAGGUGAGAAUGGAGUAUGUUUCUAAAGAAAUGGUUGCACAGACAGAUCAUAUGGAACAAACUAAUACUGAUUCGACCACUGAAGGUCAUUCAGCAUCACUCACGAUGACAGCAUGUCUACAAGAUUCUGAAUCUUCAGAAGAUCAGUCUUAUCAUGCUUGCAAUCUGGUUGGUUCUGAAAUGGAUGUCACAUUCAAUCCAGACGCACCAUCUGAUGGACCCAACUUUGGAACAUCAAAGUCUGGCAAGAGAGAUCAGCUUUCUUUUGGCACACUGAAUGCACAGCAAGCAAUGUUAACAGGGAGACAAGGAGAGUCUGUAGCUUUCAACUACUUUGCUGCUAAUGCUGGCAGGACAAGUGUGAGAUGGGUAAACAAAGAUACUGAGACUGGGCUACCCUUUGACAUCGUCAUAGGUGAUAGCGAGAAGAGAAUGGAAUACAUAGAAGUUAAAGCAACCAAUUCUAAAACGAAGGAUUGGUUCGCUAUAUCUGUGAGAGAGUGGCAAUUCGCAGUUGAAAAAGGCGAAUCUUUCAGCAUUGCACAUGUUGUUUUAUCAGGUAACAAUACCGCAAGGAUUAAAGUUUUCAAAAACCCCGUAAAACUAUCCCAGCUAGGCAAGUUGCAAUUGGCUGUUUUAAUGCCAUAGCAGCAGAAGGAAAUUUCCAUCAAUUGCUUACAGUGCUACCUGUUAUAUGUACUUCUGGAGAACUUUUCCUUUUAGGAUUUGUGACGGCGUUGUAAAUAUUUUCAACCAUUUUUACCUUCUUUUUCCCCAUAUUGUAUAUGUAUAUUCAGUGGAAGAUGGCUCAAGAGGUUGCCAGAAACUUUUGAAUGUAUUUAAAUGUACGGUAUAUCAUCCUCAGCUGCAUACUACCUAUAGAGAGAUAAGAACCCAGCAACAGAAAUGAAUGUUAAUACGAUUAGAGCAUUGUACUGAUACUGGAUUGUGCAUGCAUUAUAUUAGUCCAUAAUUUUACUAUUCUUACAGGUUUCAAUGUAUCUUUGGCUUUAUAGAAUUGGAAUUGGAAUUGAAGAAAAUUUUGGUUUAAUUUUCUGAGUUGUUUUUUUUUCAGUUUUUUUUUC